GGCCCUGUCGCCGCGCACCGGCUCGUGCAUUUACAUCACCCUUUUGCGACACAUCUCCUAUACUAAGCUUACAACCUUCUAUUAACUACAUAAUAAGACCACCUUUCUCUUUGUGCAUUUGUCGGAAGUCUCUGUGAGAGUUCCUACAAGUUUUACUAUCCUACCCCUAAACCAACAGCUGCUUCUGCGGCUCUGACCUGCAAAUCAGGGCCGCCGGAUUUACCUGCAAUCAUCCACCCACCUAUCAAUCACCAAGAGCUGAGCUGCGAUAGCUCCUGGCCGAGCUCCCUGUCAAAAUGACUGCAUGGAAUAUAUUUCGAAUACUGGGAGACUGCUCCCAUCUGCUCUCGAAAUGCAUCCUAAUCUUCGCCAUCCAUCGAAACCGGAGCGCUGAAGGUGUCUCUAUGAUCACUCAAGCCUUCUACGCCAUCGUCUUCUGUACGAGGUACACUGACUUCUUCCGCGAGACGUCUAACUGGAACUACUUCUUUAAGCUCUUUUACAUCCUGUCCUCUUUCUAUAUCCUCGUCAUCAUGCGAUGGCUAUUCCCCCGGACUAGGGAGCGCGAGAUAUCCUGGAAGUUAGGCGCCGUGGUUCUAAUGGGAUCGCUGUUCAUAUCGCCCUUCGUCAUGCUGAUCUUUGAGAAGCACUGGGGUUUCUUUACGUGGAUGUACGACUUCUCUCUCAUCCUCGAGUCUGUCUGCGUCCUCCCCCAACUACUCCUUCUGCGCCAGACCAACGUCCCGACCGUCAUCGACUCCUUCUACCUAUUAACACUAGGCUUGUACCGUGGCUUAUACAUCCUCAACUGGAUUUGGCGAGAAUUUGACGUCAACGAUCGCAAGCCAAACGCCGUGUCCGUCAUCUUCGGUAUUAUCCAGACGGCCUUAUACGUUGACUUCUUCUGGGUAUACUACACGCGCCAGCGCGUCAAGCUCCGGGCUGGCGGUAUCGUCGACUCGGACGACAUUCGUCGCGGCUGGCUCCUUAACCGCAUCUUUGGCAAUAAGCGCUUCCAGGCCGCCGAGACGGACGACGAGGAGAGCGCCCCUGCCCUUGGCCGCAAUGGCAACGGCCAGCAGCGCAGGUCCAAGUGGGGUUCUAGGGGUAUCUCGAUCAGCGCUGAUGAAGGCAUCCGCGAGCACGAGCAAGAGCAACAGAACCAUAGCGAUGACGACUUCAACGACGCAGCUGUGGACCCGGAUGCCAGGAUGAAGGAUCCCGACGAGCUUGCCCGAGCCCUUGACGACGAUGACGAUGACGAGGGAUUGCCAGAGCCGGCAUCAUCGCACUCAGAGCCGAGUAGGAAUACAAAUGGCGUUAGCAACGGAAGUGAAUGGCGGGAGCACUAAACCGAAGGGUCUUCGGAGGCACUUAUACAUUGAAUGACUACGAGGAAGAUAAGAUGGCAUACGACUAAGUCGAGCAGACAAGUUCGAUAUGCGCAUUUGAAGAGAGGCUCAAUAAGGGGGAUGUGUUACCUAAUUGUACUGUUAACAUAAGGGGGUCAGGGACGAGGCGUACGCGCAAAGGGAGUUAGGCUUUUUUUUUCACGUUAGGAAAUGGUAUUUGUCCGAAGAUGCUGGUUCACAACCCUUUGAUUUCCUCGGCAUUUGUGCAAUUCUAAACCGCUUAUUGAGAAGGCGAGGGAUGAGUUAGGUCAGGUUAGGUUAGGUCAGUUAGAUAUACAUGUAAAAACCAUUGUAUACCUAC